AUGCUCAUGGUCAUGGCUCUUCCCGCUAAAAAACAGAAAACAGGUUCAACGACCGAAAGUAGCACCUCCAAGGCUACAAAUACCGUUGUUGACGCAUCAUGGGCAAAGGUAACGAAGGGCAUCAAGCAUACAACGAUGACCUUCAAUCCAACGAUCGUAAAGACACCCAUCACACCUUCCACCGCCACCAGUGAAUCGAAUCAGUCUCUGAUGACCGAGGACGCCACCGUCAGCAAAAGUGUGGAAAUGGUUCGACCCUUCCUCAAGGGCAUUGAAGACAACUCGGUGCUCAUCGACAUUACUGGUUUGCCUAAUCAACAGCUCUUACGAGAGGCUCUGCAAGCAUUCAACAAAGAUGCUCAUCUCAGAAAAGGCUACAACGAUUAUAUCGGCAAAGUAUCUCGCACUCGCAAGUAUAUGAAUCGAGAGAUCAUGGAAACAUGUUGGAUCCACGACAGUCCUGGCCACAUCGCAAUCCUGCAGGGCUUCAAUCUGACGGAUGGGACCUUUGUCAAGGGUUUCCCCUCUCUUCCAGCUAAUGAUACUAUAGUUAAUGUUCGUUUAGACAGACUACCCAUGGAGCCAGUUCCUGUCCUGAAAUCUUUGAUAAAGGAUAGACUGUCACAUUUUGGAGAAGUCUUGGACUAUGGCAUCUCCUUCACUCAGGGCGACUACGUCGGACAAGGCUAUGCCACUCUGAACAUCACCCCCAAGCCAGACGAACCAGCGUAUGAAAUCUUGGAUCGAAUUAUCUACUUCAGAUUGGAUAAUGGCACCAACCGUCAGGUCCUUCUCAAAUGGCAAGAUAUGCCAGAUUUUUGUCGUCUCUGUCAAAAACCGGAUCAUUGCAAAGCCGAUUGUCCUGAUGCCAAGAGGUACACGCAAUGCUACAACUGCAAUCAACAUGGACAUGUCAGUCGCAACUGCCCUAGACAGGAUAACACUGACACCCCCAACAAGAAGCCCACUACGAUCCCCAGGAAAGAUCGCAAGGUACCUACUCCGAUCAUUCCCCGAGAGCCCAACCCUCCCAUUGGCCCUAGAGUGGUAGUAGCCAAGACCCAGGAAACCACAGACACUGAGUCGGCCAAGAAGCAACAGCAACAGAACAAGCCUGAACCCACCAAGGAGGAGGAAGAGGGUACUGAUGAGGACAACAUGAAUAUUGAUUCUCCCACUCCUCAACCCAAAAGUAACAAUGAUGACGUUACACCAAAUGCAGAUGCUGCGAGCGCACAGACAUCUGCCAACAACACGCAAACAUUGACAUCAUUUAAUGCAGCUGAAUCAACUCUGAAUGGACAAGAGCUGAUCAAGCAAUUUAUGCCUGAUGACAGUAUGAAGGAGCCUCUCAUUCAGGAACGACCAGAUCUGGAAGAUGGCAGAGAUGGCAAAAAGCUCAGAACGGAGCAGGAACAGCGCGCCAAUCUCACCAGGCGCUUCACCAGAGGCAGUGCAGCCAGCAAAUUCAACACUGUCACCGACAAGGGCGGCAAAGGAGCUUCAGACGACUCCCAAGGGCAGGAAACAUCAGAAACUGCUCAGUCCAACCCUCAACACUUAGAAUAA